AUGGUCGACGAAAUGAGUGCACCCCGGGCCGCCCUUCCUCAUGCCCACUACAUGGGUUUGAGCGGGACUGCUUUGCGAAUUGCCAUUGGUAUGACAGCAGGCCUCUGCUUCAUCUGCUUUGGCUAUGGCCAAGGAGAUAUCGGCUCACUCAUGGUUAUGCCAACCUUUCAGAAAUACUUUCCACAAAUCGCUGGUCUAUCGCUUCAGACAUGCAGGAUCGACGGCAUCACCAUUGGUAUCUGGAACUUGGGCAGCUUCGUUGGCGCCAUGAUAAUGGUAGUGAUUGGGGACAGGCUUGGUCGAAAACGCGCUAUCAUCGCUGGUCUAUGUAUCAUGAUUGUUGGCAAAAUUAUCCAGGUCUCGACGUUCAGCUUUGGUCAGCUUCUCGCCGGUAGAUUUAUCGCUGGAUUUGGAAACGGAUGGAUUGCUUCCACAGUCCCAGCAUGGCAGGCAGAGUGCCUCAAGACACACCGAAGAGGCACACUACUCAUGGUCUCCUUCGGGUCGUGUAUCACUGCCGGACUUGCCCUUGCCUACUGGAUUGGUUACGCAUUCUCGUGGACUGAACCCGGCACAGCAUCCUGGCGUGGCCCAAUCGGAAUUGGUAUUAUCCCUAUGGUUCUCGCACUUAUGCUCGCCGUAUGGAUGCCAGAGUCUCCACGCUACUUGAUCCUGACUGGACGCGAGCAAGAAGCCAAGAACGUACUCUCUGCGUUGAACGAGGUAUCGCCAGAGGAUGAGAACAUCCAUCGCGAGUUCCUCAUGAUCAAGAACACAAUACUCUUCAUGACGUCCGCCAGUAUCAAGGACGCUUUCAGGCAAGGCAAGAAUCGCCACCUUCAUCGGAUCAUCCUUGCUGUCGUGCUCCAGACUAUGGCGCAGUUCACUGGGGUAAACCUCUUCAUGCAAUACCUGGGAAGCAUGUUCAUGAACCAACUACACUACCCACCCAAGCUCGCCCUACUGCUGGCAGCUGCAUGUGCAACCGAGUUCUUCCUUGCCUCUCUGGUGGCCGUUGUCGGCAUUGAUCGCUUCUGGGGCCGCAGGACGUUGACAAUAUUCGGUGCUUCUGGGAUGUGUGUGUGCAUGAUUGUACUGGCUGGCAUGGCAUAUCUCAACACCCACAAGGCUCACCUGGCCAUGACGGCAUUCCUGUUCAUGUACAACACCUUCUUUUCCAUCGGAUGGCAAGGCAUGUCUUGGCUCUGGGCAGUGGAGCUCAUUCCGCUAAGUAUUCGCGGACCAUCGAACGCAUUGUCAACGGCAGCAAACUGGCUGUCAAACUUCAUCGUCGUACUGGUCACCCCGAUCCUGUUCACCACAACCAUGUACAGGACGUACAUUGUCUUCGCAGUCACGAAUUUCUGUAUAGUCCCAAUUGUCUUCUUCUUCUAUCCAGAGACAGGAUCGCGAAGCCUCGAAGAGGUCGAUCUCCUCUUCUCCCACGCCAGUCAAGGUGGCAAACGUAAUCCAUGGUUCGGCGUGGUCAAGACCGCCCAACAAGAACCCCUUUGGUACGACAAGAACGGCGACCCUUCAACGGAAGACACAUACACCAAUAAUUACGACGACGUCACCGAGAAAGGCCGCACGAACAGUUCGAGCGAGAAGUCCAAGGCGGAUCUGAUGAGACAUAGUGAUUCUGAUCGUUGGGCAAAGUAUACCAGAGAGCGCAGUAGCUCUGGCGGUACAGCUCCUGGAUCGGAGAGCACUAAGGAUGCAGCGACGACUUUCGAGGACAGUGCUGCUAUACCGCCGCCCAAUAUUGAUAGUGCUGGAAGAGGGCUAUACGGCGUCAAUCGCACCGGGCCUCUCACGCCAUCCGACGAUGGUGCUGCUUCACCACCACCGGCUAUAAGCCGUACGCGGGCAUGA